CUCUCUCUCUCUCUCUCUUUUUCUUUUUAAUUUUUUUUUUUCUCUCAUCGCCUUUUCGCCGCUGUUGCAGACUCUGCUCAAAAGGAGAGAAGAAGCCACCACAGUUUCACUCAUUCAUUCACUCACCCACCCACCACCCUCAUAGAGAUAGAGAUAGAGAGAGAGAGAGAGAGGGAUUAAGAAUACGUGAAUAUCCCGUUUUUGCCCUUGUUUUCCUGUGACACCCACAUCUCUAUAAAUAUAAAAUUUCUCCAUUCAUUAGCAUAGCAGCGGAAAGAGAAAGAUCACACAAACACUUAUCUUCUUCUUCCUCUGAUUCCAUUCAUCAUUCAUUACUCUGAUCCGACGGCUGCGAUCUUCUCGUUUCUCCAAUCGUACGGCCAGGGGUCCUUUGUCUGCCUCACCCUUCCCCAACUUUCUCUCUCUACGUAAUUACCAGGAGUAGUAGUCUUUUGAGGUGCAUAGAACUCUCGGGGUAUUUGUCAUAGCACCUAUAAAUGAUCUUCUAUCUUUGGUUUUGACUGUAGUUAGAGAGUAGCUUGUCUGGGACACUGAAUAUGGAGUCCAACGGUCAUGCAAGAAUAAGGAGAAAUGAUUUUAUUAAAGAAAAUGGCAAUUCCCAUUUGUCAAAUGUUGAUGAUGAACAUGAUCCAUGGACAGCAUGGGCAUACAAGCCUCGCACGAUCACAUUAUUACUUAUUGGUGCUUGCUUUCUUAUUUGGGCAAGUGGAGCACUUGAUCCAGAAAGAGAUGCAUCUGGUGAUCUUGUUACUUCUGUUAAAAGGGGUGUAUGGGCAAUGAUUGCUGUUUUUCUUGCUUAUUGCCUGCUGCAAGCUCCUUCUACGGUUCUUAUUAGGCCACAUCCUGCAAUUUGGCGCUUGGUUCAUGGGAUGGCUGUUGUUUACCUUGUUGCUCUCACUUUUUUGCUUUUUCAGAAGCGUGAUGAUGCUCGACAGUUUAUGAAGUUUCUUCAUCCUGAUCUUGGUGUUGAACUUCCAGAAAGAUCUUAUGGUGCUGACUGUCGUAUAUAUCUGCCUGAAAACCCUGCAAGCAGGUUUAAGAAUGUUUAUGAGACACUUUUUGAUGAAUUUGUUCUAGCUCAUGUUAUUGGAUGGUGGGGGAAGGCAAUAUUGAUUCGUAAUCAGCCCCUUCUUUGGGUGUUAUCAAUUGGUUUUGAGUUGGUGGAGUAUACUUUUCGUCACAUGUUGCCAAAUUUCAACGAGUGCUGGUGGGACAGUAUUGUUCUUGACAUCUUGAUCUGCAAUUGGUUCGGAAUUUGGGCAGGAAUGCAUACUGUUAGAUACUUUGAUGGGAAAACAUACAAAUGGGUUGGUCUAAGCCAGCAGCCUAAUAUAAUUGGAAAAGUAAAACGAACAUUAGGCCAAUUCACACCGGCUCAGUGGGACAAAGACGAGUGGCAUCCACUGCUUGGUCCUUGGCGUUUCAUUCAAGUGCUUAGUCUUUGCAUUGUAUUUUUGACAGUAGAGCUCAACACAUUCUUUUUGAAGUUUUGUCUCUGGAUACCCCCUCGAAAUUCAGUUGUUAUAUAUAGGUUGAUUUUGUGGUGGCUACUUGCCAUUCCAACAAUUCGCGAGUACAAUUCAUACCUUCAAGACAGAAAGCCAGUGAAAAAGGUUGGAGCAUAUUGUUGGCUCUCUCUUGCCAUAUGCAUUGUUGAACUUCUGAUUUGCAUUAAGUUUGGACACGGCUUGUAUCCUAAACCAAUGCCUAUAUGGCUGGUAAUAUUCUGGUCGUGUGUUGGAAUGGCAAUUGUUACAUUUUUGCUUUUGUGGUCAUGGCAACAUCAUCGCAGUCUAGGGAAAAAGAGGCGAUAAUUUUACUAUUGCAGCGUUAGCAUGCAGUGAAUUAUUCUUUGAUUGAUUCCUUCCUCAUUUUUAUGGGUCCAUAGCCAUACAGAUGGUGUAAAUACUGUCAUCAACCUCAUAAUUAAUUGUAAAUGAUGGAAUAUUAAUUCUCCUAGCUUAAUUAUUAGUGUAGUGGAUCACAGUUUCUUUGGGCGGCAAAUAUUAGUUCCAGCUGGUAGAGAGGUGUACUUAUUAUUAUUUAUGAGGCUUCUGAAUAGGUUUCCACCAUUGGUAUUUUAUUCGCCUCGGAAUGAAUCAUUCUGAAACGUGUAUUAUCCAGUCAUUUUAAUGAAAUUUUGAGUGAAGAAUGCUUUUGCUUCA